AUGGCGCGGCAACCGCCUUCCACACCCAGCAACGCUUCUGUCACCUCAACAUCCGGUUUCUCGUACGUCCACGAGGGUGGGUCGACUUUCAAUUGGGACCCCAUUGCCGCUACGACAUCCCACCGACGUUCUCUUCAGUCGACUCCCCCUUCAAUGCCCUCUAGGGACCCCCAUAACACAUACCUGAUGCCGGCCAGUCCAGCAAAAGGCCGUCGGGGUAGCGCUGACUACCGUCCCAGCAUUAAAAAAGCUCUCGGGAAUGUCCCCGCGUGCCUUGUAAACGCAUCCGUCACUUAUUGUGGCAAUGAUCAGAUCUAUGCGUUUGGAGGGUUCGACCAAUUCACCGACGAAGUGUAUAACCAUGUGCUCCGACUAAAUCUCAAUACACUCUCAUGGGAUCUGGUUGACAAUUAUGGAGACAUACCGGGUGUCCGCAUGGGACACACCGCUUCCCUCUAUCAAGGAACGAAGUUACUCGUCUUCGGCGGAGAAAAUGAACAUCGCGAAUACCUAUCUGACAUAGUCAUUCUUGAUAUACCAUCAUCGACAUGGACCCAACCCGACGUUCGGGGCCCAGUUCCUCGAGGGCGAGCCCGCCAUGCAUCCGUCAUAUAUGAAGACAAGUUGUUUGUCAUUGGAGGCGUAACUGGAGAGCAAAAUUCCAUUCUGGAUGAUCUAUGUUAUCUCGAUCUCAAGACUUGGACAUGGUCUCGGACAUGGAGUUUCACUCCUCGUUUCGAUCAUGCUGCAUGGGUCUGGGGGGGUAGGCUAUGGAUUUUCGGUGGGCUUGGCUCAGAGAUGGACCGGACCACUGAUCUCUGGUGGCUUGAUCUGAAGGGGAGCCCGUCAUUGGACAUGCCCAUGUCUCAAGGCAUUGAUGAGACACCAGGAUCAUUGAAUCGUGUGACCCCUAGCCCUGGAGGUGUCCUUAGCUCGCCGCAGCAAUUAUCUGGUCGGUCAGGUGGAUAUGCAGCCAACUCAGCAAGCGUUCAAAUUCGGUCUUUCGCCCGAAGGAAACCAACUGCACCGGGUGCGAUAUCGUCUCUUCACUUCGAGUCAGGACCACAUGUCCCAUCGUUGCUUUCUGGAACCCAUUUUCACGUGUAUUCCUCUGGUGUCCUUUUAGAUUUGAUCACACCAUCUGAAACAGUCCGCCCCUAUGAUUGUAACCUAUCAACGCUUGAGUUGGACUCCCUCAGAUGGCAGAGACUUGCUGAUGGGCAGGAGGUGUUCCGACCGGGAUAUCGGUGGCACUACUGUACCAUCAAUGAAGAUGGUACCAAGGCUUGGCUACUUGGGUGCAACGUCGAAAACGCUACAACUGCUGGGGAUGACAAUCAACUAAACGAAGUGCUAUGUCUCGAUUUGGAGAAAUAUGGGCUUCUGGGUAAUAACUUUUUUCCUGAAUCGUCCGAGCAGAACCGCAUUCUUGCUUCUGAGCGUCAAGGGUCACCCCAGCACGCAGGUCUCGGCGCUGAUCUGUUGGCUGUUUUUGAUCAACCUCCAGAAACGGGUAGUGGAACAGACUUUAUCAUCACGGCCGAUUGUGACGAUCAGACUAUGGAAGAGGAGAGCCAAGCCACCUCACCAACCCCUGUGACCACUCAAUUUGAUGCUGCAUUUCUGUCGCCUACAGCAAAGACUUCGCCGCCUAUACACGUCCAUCGCAUAAUCUUACAGGCCAGGUGGCCUCAUUUCAAACGCCUAUACUCUGCGCAAAUGGCCGAGUAUCAUACCAAGCGCAUGCAUAUACCCGAACCGUACUCUGUAGUCCGGGCUUUUCUAUAUUACCUGUAUAGCGACAGUAUAUUAGAUCAUCCGCAAUAUUGUGCAAGCAUAUUCGAUGUUGCCGGCAUGCUUGUUAUGGCCAAUUUAUAUGACAUGCCCAAACUACGUCUGCUUUGCGUUCAUCGACUUAGUCGAGAACUCGAUGUUGAGAAUGCGGCUAUUAUUUGGGAAAGAGCAGGCAGGACAAACGAAGAUUGGCUCCGGCGCCGUGCAGCGCAAUUUUGUCUUGCGCAUUGGGGUCGAAUCGUUCGGACAGCUGGCUUCAAAUCACUUAACCGGCAGAGCCUUAUCGAACUUUGCGAGGUAGUCGACACAGAAGGCAGGAUUGUCGCUGGACCGGAAUUAGAAAUUGUCGGAGCUCUUGGCUCCGGGUCAUUAGCAUCCAAACGACCUCGGCUUACUGGAUCUUCGUUGGUGGAAGAUAUGGAUGAGCUUGAGGCGGAAGAGGAAGACGGUAUGGAGCUAUGA